CAAAAAUUUGGUGAACCAUCACAUCAUCCAACUUGAAACGUCUAAUAAACAAACACUUCUGAAUGCCCACGCGACUCCCCGAUCGUGUAAUCGAAAGCUUUUAAAACUCUAGGCUCCCCAAUUCCUACAAGCUAAAAAACAAUGUCUGCCAGAUCAAAAAAAUCCCAAAUCAGCCGAGAGAAAUCUCCAUCAGAAGAAUCCCAAAUCCCUGCCAAUAACAAAACACAUCCUUCCUCCUCCCGUCCUCGAUCCGCCGCCGCCACCACCAGCACGAGCACGACCACGACCGUUCUCUCCCAAACCCUAGCCAUCACCGCCAACCUUGCCAACCUCCUCCCCACCGGUACUCUCCUCGCAUUCCAACUCCUCAUCCCAUCUUUCACGAACAAUGGCUCCUGCGACUCCGCCACUAGCUUAAUGACUCUCCUCCUCCUCCUCGUACUCGGGUCCUCCGCUUUUCUCGCCUGCUUCACAGAUAGCUUCCAGCACCAGGACAAUCGGGUGAUCUACGGCCUGGCUACUCCGGGAGGCAUGUGGAUCUUCGAUCCGCCGCCAGAUCUCGCUACCUUGCCGGAUCUGACGAAGUAUAAGAUUAGGAUCAUUGAUUGCUUUCAUGGGGUGUUGUCGGUUCUGGUUUUCGUGGCGGUCUCUCUGCGAGACAAGAACGUGGUGCAGUGUUUUUACCCGUCGCCGGACACAAAGACGAAGGAGGUUUUGGAUAUUCUGCCGCUGGGAAUUGGAGUAAUUUGUAGUAUGCUUUUUGUUGUUUUUCCGACGACCCGGCAUGGGAUUGGGUACCCAGUUACUAACGGAGGGUACAAAUCUUAGGGAUGGUUAUUUUAAUUGUUUGAUUGUUUCAUUUUGGCAAAGAAAUAAUAAGUUUUUUUUGGAA